UGUGGAUGACUGUGACAGGUGCUGGGCCCCAGGGGGAACGUCACAAACAUGUAGCAAUCGCCUGGCCGCUGCUGGAGGGGAGAGUGGCUGAGCGCUGGCUGCGCUGCCCGUAGACCGGCCCGGGGCUAGCUCACCAUGUGGGGCCCUGCCCUGCCCUUCCUCUGCCUCCUGAUUGACGCCGUCUCCGCUCAGGGACAGGGGCCGUGUGGGGAUUGCUACCAGAUCCAGACACCCGUCAUCGUCGGCGUGGUGAUCGGCGACCUCAUCUUCACCCUGUUCCUCAUCGCUGGGGUGUAUCACUGCACCAAGCGCUGCGGCAAACCCACGGGCAACAGCGAAGACCAGAAGGUUUAUAUGAACAUGCCUGGAAGAGUCAACUGACCCUCCCCCCCCCCUCCAGUACCUAGCUGAUCCCACUGCACACACCAUCCUCGCCACCGGGAGAUCGACAUUCUCCGCAGAUACCAGCACUUCCUUGCCCCAACACAUGGGACAUGGUGUCUUUCCCCUCUAGGAGGCUCCAAUCUGGCCCCAGGGUGCGGACUGGCUGGCCCACAGAGGUGGAGAAUGGGACAUGGGGCCUUUCCCCUCUGGGCGGCGCUGGCUCCAAUCCAGCCCCAGGUCGGGGGACUGGCUGGCUCGGGGGUGGGGGGGGAGAAAUGGGACACGGGGGCUUUCCCCUCUAGGGAGUGCUGACUCCAAUCCAGCCCCAGAUCGGGGACUGGCUGGCUUGGGGGCGGGGGGGGGGGAAUGGGACACAGGGCCUUUCCCCUCUAGGGGGCGCUGGCUUGGGAGGCUGAUGUGGUCAGGGAUUUGGGGUGGUCAGGUGGACUCUUGGCUCCCCAGUGCCCCCUGCUGUUUGGUGACAAUCACAUGCCCUAGCCCCAGUUUGGGUGUUGCUGGGGGUUCCCAGUUUCAUGGCCAAUCCUAAGGGCUUUCCCCAGUUCGGGGGUGAAUGUAAAGGCAGUCGUUUUGGGGGCGCACAUUCCCCUUUUGGGGGGUUGUAGUCUGGGGGGGCUGAGCCCUGGAGGAGGGGACUCUGGGACCAGUUCAGGGGGUGCAGAAUUUAGCUCCAUUCCUAGCAGGGGAAGGGAUGGAUCCGUGAGGGAAACACCCCAAUUGCCAGAGGGACACCCGAGAUCUAGGCAGGGGGGAAGCUGGUGGGGGCUGACAUUGGGGGGCAAUGAAAGGGAGCCAGUGAGCUUCUGGGCUAAUGCUGAGGGAGGGCCAACUUUUGGGGGUGCUACCCAGCCACCCCCAGGGAAGGGGGGAGGAAAUAGAAGACACCCCCGUCUGCCCCCACCCAACCCCCAUCAGCCCCAAGCGUCAAAGGAUUUGGAGCUAUAAGCCACCUAACUGCUUCUCUUCAUCUUUCCCAUUAAAACAAGUGGGGCCUGUU